AUGGAGAACGUGGCUCUUCGAGACUCGCGUGGUCGGUUGUACUUUCACGAUAGUGGCCUCUGCAGUAAAUGCGUGGUCAAAGACAGGCUUGACACGGCACUACCUAUGCACGGGAGCCCCAGAGUGCUGUUCUGCCGAAAGGAUGUGGCUGACAAAAAGGUCGAUGGACUAGGUCCUGGUGGCCGCUUCGCACUUUUCGAACUGCUUUUCAUGGAUCGAACCGUUGAUCAACGCAUUCAAUAUCUGAAGAAUAUUGAGCAAGGGUGGGAGGAUGGGGUCCAGUGGACGGAUCAUAUCAUUGAGGAGCUACGAGACGGAUUCGAUGCCGAGAAGGAGAAAAAGCCCUGGACCGCGGAGUGGGAGCAGAGGUGGCGCAAGUUCGUCAAUUCGAAGGUGCACAGGGACCGCGUCGUCUGGAGCAAGUUCGAGUGGCGCUUUUUCCUGGAGACGUGCCAGGGUCGAUCUCUCGUGACAGGCCAGCCAAUCGCACAGUGUGGUGUCGUGUCUUCAAUGAUGGCAGCUACACGACUGCAAACUGCAUUCUGA